UUUAAGUUUAAAGAACACAGACAUUUUUCCAAAAGAAUUAUCAAAAUUUGAAUAAUAGAAAAAAAUAUAUGCAUAUGAAUGUAAAUAUAACAAAAAAAUAAAAAAAGAAUCUCUUAUUAGGAGAAAUAGAGAACUAAAAAUUCAUUAUAAUCUUAAACCAUUUUUACCUGGAAGACAUAAAACUAUUAAAAAGGUGGUGUAAAUUUUACAAUGGAAAAUAACGAUUUUACUGCCGAUUUAUGUGCUAACCAAAUUGGAAAGUUAUUCCAAUUUCAAGAUCUUACAGGAAUUGAAAGUUUACCAACUUGUCGAGAUGUUUUACAAAGGCACAAUUGGGAUCUUGAAUCUGCUGUUCAAGAUCAAUUAAAUCUCAGGGAAGGUCGUCCUUCUGUAUUUGCAGGUACAUCAGAAACUUCUUCUAUGCCAACAGUUUUAGUAGAUCCAUCUAAACAACAAGUGUUUAAUUCAGAUAAUUCUAGAACUGGAAAUUUUAUAUCAUUUGUUAUUGACUAUAUUUUUAGAAAGUUUUAUAGUACAUUUAUGUCUGUAGUAAAGUUUACUUGGAGUUUAAUAUGGCCUGAACCUCGUGUCCCUAUAACAGAUCCUAUUGCUGAUGUAGGAAAAUUUAUUGAAUCGUUUGAAUCAUUAUAUGGUAAUGAACAUCCAGUUUUUUAUAGGGGUUCUUACAAACAAGCAUUGAAUGAUGCUAAACAAGAAUUAAGAUUUCUGGUUAUUUACUUGCACCAGAAUGACCAACAGCAAUGUUCCACUUUUUGUAAUUCAGUUUUGUCUAAUAAUGAGGUAAUUUCAUUUUUAAAUGAAAGUAAUAUCCUCUUUUGGGCUUGUGAGCAAGAUACCUUUGAAGGAGGUCGUGUAGCUUCAACACUUCAUGCAAAUGCAUUUCCAUUUAUUGCAGUAAUUGUGUUGAUGGAAAGUCGAAUGACGCUUGCUGGACGAAUGGAAGGUCCUGUUUCUCCUGAAGAAUUUAUCAGAAGAUUAAGAUCAGUAUUUGAAGCUAAUGAACCUUAUUUAAUUGCAGUUCGUGCUGAACGAAUUGAACGUAGUUUUAACCAAUCAUUAAGAGAACAACAAGAUAGAGCAUAUUUAGAGUCUUUACGAGCAGAUGAACAGAAAGAACAAUUAAGACGAGAAAAAGAAAAUAUUGAACGUGAAGAGCAUUUAAAAAGAGAGAGAGAAGAAGAAGAAGAGAGAACAAAAAAGGAAGAGUUGAAGAAACGAAAAAUUGAGAUGAUGGAAAGAAUUUCACAAGAACCUUCAUGUGAAGAUCCAGGAUCUCUAACUAUUGUAUUUAUAAUGCCUGGGGGAAUUAGAGUAGAAAGGCGUUUUUCUGACAUAUCACCUCUUUCUAAUGUUAUAGAUUUUGUAUUUUGCCAUCCAAAUUCUCCUGAUAGUUUUGAAAUUGCUACAAAUUUCCCAAAGCGCGUUCUUAGUACUGAAGAGCGAAAUAAAACUCUUAAAGAGGUAGGUUUACAAAAAAGAGAAGUUCUUUUCAUUAAUGACUUAGAUUCGUGAAAAACAAAUGAUAACAAAUUGGUUGAAGCACAAUAAAAUAUUUUGAAUGUAUAAAUUGUAUUGCAAAAUUGUUAAAUGGCAUUUCUUUUUUUUAAAUAAAUGUUUUAAUCAAAAGUUGAUGCUUUAAAAUGUAGAACAACGUAUCAGUUAAUAACUAUUAUAAAAUAUUUAUAAUUGUUUUCUUUUUUUUUAUGUAACUUAGUUAAGAAAAUGUUUGUUUUAAUUUUUAUACUUGACUAUAAAAUCAAGUAUACAAUAUUACCAAUAUUAUGAAGAUAUUUUAUUUUUGAACUGUGUGAUAAUAAAUAAUUUAGUAUUAAUAUCAUUUAUUGGUAUUAACAUCAUGA